CUUUCGAAAAAAUUGUGACAUCGUUUCUGCGUUGUUUUUAAAGUUUUUCUGAAGAGGAAAAAUUGACGCGGCGAUAUUCUUUACUAGAAUUAGAAUAGUAAAUGUGACACAGGCUUAGGUGGGUAGUGGUACAGGCAGAACUUAUUCCGAUUAUCUGGAAAACCAUUUCAAGUCAUGCUAGUUAUAACAAAAAGUCAUCGUGUAUGCAUAGGCCAGCGUAUGCCACAGGCAUCAGUAUGGAGUUACGCCCAUCACGUGAAUGGUUUCGGUAGAAUAAUUAUGCCAGAAAUAAUUAUGCCAGAACAGUGGCAAAUCGCCAACGUAUAAACAUCAGUCUUCGCUGCAAGCUGGUGCCUGUUGAGCAAAUCCGCACGUACGUGGAUGUACUGUACAUACCACACAUGUUCCUACCUCCAUGACUCGACCCAGGACCUAAUACGACACCGAAUGACCCUUGCACUGAAAACACCGAAUCCCCCACGUCAUCGAGAAGGCUCGCGCAGAUGUCGCAUUAAAAGCAACAAGUGUACACCAACCCGUCACAUACCAGAAUACAACGGGACCGUGGCGUGGUGUAUAUAGACAGUAUACAAUCUUCAUGGUAGACAGUUUUGCUGGUAUGCGUAUGCAUACAUUAUACACCAGUAAACAACUGGACUGUGUACAGUUGGUGUCCCAAAGAGCUCGCUGAUACUAGAGGUUUCGUUGGUGUAUACUCAAGCCACAGGAGCCGGCCAGUGCUUUUCAAUCACGAACGUGCGCUAACACCAUCCAAAUCCUCUGAGCGGGUUCAUUGGAGUGCAUCCCCCUAUUCAUAGCCGCGGCGAUGUGUGUGUACAAAACAGCAGCCCCAAUCACAGGAGCUGAAUGGAAGUUGUGUUGAACACCAACCGAGUACUGCAUAAUACAUGUACAUACCAAAGUGUUUUAUAUCGCGGAACCGCGUGGGCUAAUGACUGUACGUAUUGAAGUACCAAUGGAUACGCAGUUUCAGCGGCCAAAUGCCUUAUAAAUCACCGGCGACCUUGCUUGGCAUUUCGUCUCAGAGGACCUUAAGAAAUGAUGUCAGUAAACGGUGCAAGCCUGUGUACGUGUACCACGCGACAUGGAUAAAGUUGGAACUGCUGGAAAAUGAACAGAGUUUCUUCGAAUGAGUGGCCCUCUUUCAGGCCCCAUACAACACCCCCUUUUCUGGACCCUGAUGCUAAUAUUACUGAUGAGGCUGACUUCAGUUCAGGUGACAAGGAAGUACAACUGCUUGGGUGUGGAACUGGGGAUGGUUUAUUAAGGAUUGACGAUCGUGGGAACUAUCUCCGUAGUUCACUGCUCCCCCAGGACAAACUCUGCUCUACGGGCAUUACGAAUACACGUGGUACGAGUAACGGCAUCAUCAGCGACCAUUCAGUGAGUUGUGGUAUCAGUGACCGCGGUGGUACGGGGGAUCAUCCUCGGCAAAUCACGGCCAGGCAUGAUUGGAACGCCAGGAACGGGGGCCAGCGUGAGGGAACAUCGCCAGAAGGAGGCUCGCUAUCAGACGGUUGGAUCGGCCAGCAUCAGACGAUACCGGCCGCUGUGUCUGGUAUCAACCAGGAGCAAUCGGGUUAUGUCAAUGUCUCAUCAUCCCAUUUGUCUUCGCUGAUUGGACGUAAACAAGACACAGACAUACGAGAACUCUACGAUUUGAUAUCGGCCAACACGAUGGCGACCAAUAGCUCUAGGAGGUAUAAUUCCCGCAGUAAUAACCAGAUGGAUUAUGUGUAUCAUCCUCGGCAGAAUGGAAUACUAGCCGAGGAAGAUGAGGACGAGGAUUAUGUUGACUCUGACCGAGAUGAGGACAGUUUGGUCCAUCUUCACCUCAGGGCCCAACAUGAGCAGGAAAUCACGGCCAUGUUUCAGCCCCCUGCGCAAUGCAUGGACUCAUCUAUGUAUGAAACCUACGAUGACCUGUCCUCUCUGAUAGGUGCCGAUUUGUCUGGGGAUAACUUCGUCGUCAGUCUGAGUAGCGAGGAGCUUAACGCUAACAAUUCCAGCUCUGCAUCCAGCUGCGGUAUACUCGACUUGCGAGACACCAAAUUGAACAAGCGGCUCGCAAAAUCUACAGAAUCCAUCCCCACGAACGUGGAUUCGGAGGGACGGAAACGCUCGGCAAGCGAUAGCGAGCCGCUGCAACGAUCACGCAGCCUGGAGAGUUUAAACUUUCUGCCGGGUAGUUCAUCGUCAGUGGCGCCGUCACCCGACCCUGCGCCAUCAACACGCGGAGAAGCGGUAAAUAAUAAUAAUAAUGCAAGCAGCGAGAAUAAUGCAUGCAGGUCGGCGGCGCGGAGCGCCUGCGCGAAGCGCCGAUUAAUUACGACGGAUACGAGCAUGCGAGAGAGUGACGAUAUCACAGAAGAGGUCACAAUAGAGCAGAGAGACGCUGAACGGACACCCAUAGAACGAUCAUUCGCAGAGGAGGUGCGAUUGUGUGCCUUCCCUGUUUACAUCCCACCUGCCGUGGAUAGGAUGUAUCAUCAACACCAGCGGGUCCCCUCGCCCCUCAUCGAGAUGGAUGAAGACGAGGAGGAGGAUGAAACAGGGACAACAGCACAAGGAGGAAAAGCAGUGGACAAGGGGAAACAUAAGGAGGUCACGAGUGGUAAUGAAGACAAAGCAGCACCGCCAAAGCCACGGCGAGGUGAGGAACGUAGUAUCCCGUCCGAGGAAGAAACAACCAAUGAGAUGAUCAAGAUGGUGUCAUCACCGUCAUCGUCAGCAGCAUCCUCUCCCGCGGAGAACCCCGCCACUGUAAAAGACACCAAGGAGCAGAUAUUAAAGGAGAGCGAAACAAAUGAUAAACCGAGGACAGGUGAUGUUGACACGGGAUCCAAGAUGGCGGCCACCAACGUGAACGUGCCGCAGAUCGUGGAGACCCUCGUGGAGGACGAUGAAGACCACGAAGGGGAACGGAUAGUCCUCCAACUCCAAUCCCGUUUAAAUGCCGUGGAACAAUUGGCUCAAGAUCUCUCAGACCAGAAUGCCAAACUCCAAGAGGAGCUAACAGAGAUGCGUCUAGAGGUCGAGGAGUCCACAGAUAAAUACCGAGAGGGAGGGGAGAUAGAGGAAUAUCGGGAGAUGAAGAUGGAGCUGGAUCGAGCCGUAAGAGACUGCCGCGUCUUCCAGUACCGUCUCCGGAAAGCCGAGAGAAAGAACGAGGAGUUUGAGCAAGAUCGGCUGCAGUUGGAGGAACGUCUCAGAGCCACCUCGGCCGGAAUCCCCGCCCCAUCGGGCCUAAGCUCCUCCCGGAGUUCUGGGGACUCCUCCCCUGCCGAUGAGCCUCGGCUGGGAGAGGUUGCUGAGCUUCAGCAGGAGCUGAGGACGGCCAAGGAUGUCUCCAUAAGGCUGCACCAAGAACUGGAGAUGAUCGAGGAGAAACGUGCCAAGACGGAGGAGGAGUGCCAGAUUCUGAGGAGGAAACUUGUAGACUCGGAAAAUACCCGGAAGGAGAUGAAACGAGAAUUGGAGAAGACGCGAAUAGAGGUAAGGAUAAUUUUAUGGCAUCUCACUCCUUUGGAUGAUUUUUUUACUGACACAGUAUGGUUAGUUAUUAGGAAGUAGGUGCUUUCACUAGAGUUAAAAAGUCGACAAUCUUCUUUAAAAAUAGCAAAGCUGGUGAAUUGGAGAAAAGUUUACAGUAGGUUUUUUUAUGAUAAAAAAUGCCAUGCAGAUUUGCUCUGAACCUUGAGGUUUUUUUUUAAAUCCAUUAUAGAAAAGUUGGUCCGCUAUACUGCAAAAAACCAAAAUCCACAAGGAAAGCUGCAUUCCCAUCAGUUUAAAUUCCUUUAAAAAUAUGUUAAUAAAUAUUGAAACUAAUCUUUACCACCUAACGUCAUCAAAACCUGUACCAGCAAAAAUCUUCACUCGGAUAAUAAAAGACUACAUAAUUUUUUUACCAAUCAUUGCCUGUGUACGAUUUCAAAUGCCUUACGAAUAUCAAACAGUAGUUAUCAUUGGUCACUGCACUAUCCACAACAUUCUCCUCAUGUUUGACAGCGACACAUGGUUCUCUGAAUUUACUGGUGUUAAUUCCACCCAGAUAACCAUGGUUCGUAUUCGACAAAAAGCAAAGUGAUCUCUGAAACAGAUGCAACGUUGAACAUGAUUCACCGUGACAGAGAAUGAGUUUGCACAUACUGAAUUAA